AUGCCGAAAUGGCGCAUAAGCUUCAGGACACUUCUAAACCUGCUUCAGUAUUUCAAGGUCAUGGUGAUACUGGCACUUAGCCAUCUGGGUCUGCUCAAGCCUUCAGAACAGAUAACUGAGUCAGCUACUGACUCCAUGGAAGAACAUCAUCAUCCGAAUCCAGACAAUUAUGUUCUUGUGUUGGAUCGUAUGUGCCCAUCAAUAGUCCCCGUCCCAAUUCAUGUUCUAACUGCAUAUAUCAAGAGAAGGCUUCCAGUAGUGGAGUUUGGUCAAGUUCUUGAGAGAUACACAAAGCAUGCAAGUGAGGACACAGUAUGCUAUAUAUGCUUGGAGUACAUAGAGGGAAGCCAUGAGGUGAGGGAACAGUGCAACUGUGAUCAUGUGUUUCAUAGCAAGUGUCUAGAUAGUUGGGUUAACCAGGGCCAGCUGACCUGCCCUUUGUGCAGAGCUAUGUUGUUUUCGCCCAAGAGCGAAAAAACAAGCUGCGGAGGAAAUCCAUGGACAAUGGAUAGGGAUGCUUACUUGGAUAGGUUAGAUUUCAUUGUGAGAUGA